AUGAAGCUUUCGGUCGCUUUCGGUGUCGCACUGGCUACUAAAGCAGUCAGUGCUGCAGCUCUGCAGCCUCGACAUUACACCUUUCCCGCCCUGAUCGGCAGCCAGGCGUGGCAAGAUGUCCGCACAACGGUGAACAAGGACAGCAACGCCGGCCUCAGCGAUGUCACCUCUGAUCAGAUACGCUGCUACACCGCCGGGGGGACCAAAGCUCCUUCAAUCAAGAGCGUCGCAGCGGGCUCAAGUGUUGGCUUCACGGCUUCUCCAAACAUCUUCCAUCCAGGACCACUUCAAUUCUACCUAGCAAAGGUGCCCGAGGGACAGACGGCCGCUACGUGGGAUGGUACAGGCAACGUGUGGUUCAAGAUUUAUGCAGAGAAGGCAACGGUUAGUGGUGGACAGUUGAGCUGGGCGAGUUUGAACAAGGGCACUGUUAGCGUUACCAUCCCUAAGAACACACCGUCAGGGGACUACCUGCUAAGAGUCGAACAUAUCGCUCUGCACCAGGCUUCGAACACAAAUGGAGCGCAAUUCUACAUUUCUUGCGCCCAGGUCAAAAUCACAGGUGGUGGGAGCGGAACACCUGGGCCUUUAGUGUCCUUCCCAGGAGCGUAUAAGAAUACUGAUCCGGGUAUUAAGGUUAAUAUAUACUCUGUACGUUUCUAUACUCCUCCAGGCCCAGCUGUCUGGUCGGGAUAG